AGCGGAAAAAAUUGUGAGCGGACUGCAAGUUCCAUAAUUUUCGCUGAAUAUUUCCCUCUGGAAUCCUCCGUCAUAUAUCCAGUUGCCUUAUGACAAAUGCAACACCGAGAAUUCCUCAACCUACAUAUCCAAUGGACCUCAAGAUGUGCGUCACCGCUAGCGGAUCACAAAUUAGACUAUCACAUAUAUCAAUGUUGAUAAUGUGCAAUCAUCGCACUGGGGCGUCUUCUCCGCGCGGACUCAGCGGCAAAUUUAUCAGCAAACAGGUACAUCGCCGUCGUUUAGCCGACGCUAGUUGUCCCCGCUGAUUCCUCAAUUAGAGGGAUCUCACCCAGUGCAUCUUGUCAGCUUCAAAUUUGUCCACGUGCCGCUGCCAAGUAACGCCCAACAUCUUCUUCCAUUGGCCCAGGAAUGAACGACGUCAACGGCACGUGGGCUUUUCGUGGCUUUUUGGGGUCCGCCUCCCCAAUGCUCUGAGAAUUUGACUUUGGAUGAGAGAAAAAAAUGAAAAUAAUUUUGGGAGAACACUCGGAUACACCCCGACACAGUGAGUGGAGAUCUGUUCUGUAAACAAGUUGAUAAUUUCAAAUCUUCUAUUUGCUCCUGGUGAAAUCGAUUCGUGAAGUGGAUUAAUUUGUGGUCAGCGAUUUAGUUGAAAUAUUUGUUAGUCCUGGAUUUUUUAUUAUUAUUGGCGAGUCACCAGUUCUUCUUCGGAUUUUUUUGGUGGAUUUGGAAACUUCUGGGGCGAUUAUGUCUCAGGGAAAUCCGAGUUCUCCUCCGGAGAAAAUUGGGAACCGGACACUGGCGGCUUUCAGCAUCGAGAGACUGUUGGCACCGAACGAAGAUCCGCCGGCCGAUCGACGGCCAAUAUCUCAUGGGACAUUCAAACCUUCUGCGGCGGAGGAGUUCUACGAUGAAGGCAGAGCCCUGACGGUAGUCCCGGACUCGUCAAUGUCCUCAACGGAGGAAAUCGAGGGCCUCGAGGAGUCGAACACCGUGGGCUCCACUACCCCAGAACCGGAAAUCAGCUACGAAGCGUGCACAAGCAGCAGUGGCGGAAAUUGCGGUGUGGAAAUGGAUUGCAGUGACAAAGACAUCCACGAGGGAACUUCCAGCGUGACCAGCGACGACGACAGAAAGAAACGACCGCGUACAGCCUUCACCGCGGCGCAAAUAAAAUCCCUGGAGGCGGAGUUCGAGAGGAAUAAAUACCUCAGCGUUGCGAAGCGAUUGCAGCUGAGUAAAAGCCUUAAACUCACCGAGACACAGAUAAAAAUUUGGUUCCAGAACAGAAGAACGAAAUGGAAGCGAAAAUAUACUAACGAUGUGGAGCUAUUAGCACAGCAGUACUACUCCAGUCUCGGAAUUCCAGCUCCAAGACCGAUAUUCGUAGGCGAUCGUCUGUGGUUCUUCAAUUAUCCUGGGCAGCCCCAACCAGCAACGCCUCCUCUCCUGCCUCCCCACGUGGGCCACCUCUCCCUCCCCCCUGGAAUGCCAAUUGUCCAGCCACUGGCAAGUAACUUGUCACCAGGAACACAACACUCAGUGUUCCCCAACAUCUCUCCAUCCCAUUCUGUUUAUCCUCUAACUCAGAGGAUUGACUUUAGACGACAAGACACGUGA